UCUAUUUCUGUAAGUGCACUAGGGUUAUCACUCUACUUACCCUGAGCUAUCUCUCUCUUCCUCCCUGUCCCUCCCUCUCUAUCCAACACUCUCACCCACUUGCUCACAAUCAUGGCCGACAGAAACAGCCGGGUGUCUGUUAAGAAAAAAGACAAGAAGGUGGAAAACAAAACCAACGAUGAGAAGGACAAAGACAAGGGGAAAGAGAAAAGUGUGAAGAAGCCUGACAAACUUGUGAAAAAGUCAGAGAAGACCCCCGAGCAGCCCAAGGCGGAAGAAGAGAAGAGGAAUGGGGAAAGUGGAGGCGCAACAGGAGCAGAGGUGGCAAACAGUGAAGAAAAUGGAGAGUUUCAGCCCAUAGAACUGCCACCGUUUGAGAUCAUCACAGGGGAACAGAUGAGCCCGUUCUACUUCAAGUUUCAGUUCAGGAACGUGGAGUACUCAUCAGGGAGGAACAAGACCCUGCUGUGUUUCAGAGUGGAUACACCAGGAGGCACCACAGAGCCUCUGAAAGGUUAUAUGGAGGAUGAACAUGCCACAGCUCAUGCUGAAGAGGCCUUCUUUCAACAGGUGCUCCCUAAUGCAUCCCAGGAGUGUGAGGUCACCUGGUACAUAACAUCCAGUCCCUGUGCAGCCUGUGCAGCCAAACUGGCCACCAUCCUCCAGCAGCGCAAGAAGGUCCGUCUCUGCAUGUUCUGCUCCCGUCUCUUUGAGUGGGAGCAGCCGGAGAUAGUGGAGGGGCUCCGGGCUCUGGCGAGAGCCGGCUGCAAACUGCGGAUGAUGAAGCCGUCUGACUUCAUACACGUUUGGGAAACGUACGUGGAGAAGGAGGAGGAGAGCUUUGCACCUUGGGAGGAUUGUCAGGAGAACUACAACUACUAUGUGGAGAAACUGGCUGAUAUCCUCAAGUAGAUGUGCACACGAUAGACAAGAUCUCCCCACUGACUGAACCACAAAUCAGCCUACCUGUUAUAUCCCCACUGGUUGAAUGUGUGUUUCUUGCCGUCACAACUGACGGUGCAGAUCAGUUUUAGUUUGAAUGAACACUCAUGGCGACAUUUUGUAUUUUUUAUUUUGAUAAUUUCAUCGGGAGACCCAAAUUGCUUGAUUGGCAGUUGAGAGGAAGACAGCAAUAACAUAAACUGCUGUAACAUUUAAUAUUAAAUAAGCUGUGGUGUAGACUAACUUAUAUUUACUCAGAUCUGGGGCCAGAUGCACAACUGCGGCCAUUUAUAGCGCCCGUACCACUAAUUCCUCACAUGUACCUGUAAACCAUCUUCAAGGUUAUGUCUCAAUCAUCGUUAUUAAACAUCAGAAAGGUUCAUUUAUAGCGCUCAUAUUGAAACAGACUUCUUAAAGUGCUUUACAGUUGAGGAUGAAAAGUAAAAAAGAAAGAUUUACCACUCAUAAAUCAUUUGAAAAUUGACAUUUCACACAACGAGGUGUAGCCCGCACAUUAAUAACAUGACCAGUGAAAUGUUUUUGGGCAUACACAGUUUAUACAUCUGGCCCUAGGUGUUUGCUACAACAAGUAAAAAACCAACCAAAGGAGGACUGAUAUAUUCUCCUGCAGGUCAACACAUAUGUACAGUACACAUAACUGCUAACAAUGAAAGCCAACAAUGUAUAUGAUUGAUGCAUAUCACAUAAUGUAAACAGUGCCUUUAACAGUUCAUCAGUGCAGUGACAUGGAUUAAACUAUGUAAAGUUCUCAACAGUACUGUGCCACCAGGUCAUGUUCAGUGCAAAACAAAUCUGUACACAUUAAAUGGCAGCCUGUUGUUCCAGGGUGCAAUAUAUCGUUAACUAUUUUAAUUUCCAUUAAAUUUGGUACCAA